UGAAGUUUCAACAAGAAAUAACUAGAAGGGGUUUCCGUAUAAGUUAUGUUCAAUUAAUGACUUUUAAAAACUCAAAGAAAAAAACAAAUGAUAAAAACAGAAUCCUAAUCUUUAAUAUUUUAAAAGAGAAUGUUGAAUAUAAAAAUUGCUGAGGUGUUAAAACCAUAUAAUUUUUACCAUUUUUUUAUAAAAUAAACCAAAAGAUUUGUAUUCAUUAUUACUAGUAUUAUAAUAUAUUUUAGUUUUUUGAAUUUAAUUCUAUAACUGACAUUUUUGUUAUGUUAAGAGAUUGGUCAAAUUUUUAAUUAAACUAAAAUUAAAUAGAAAAAAAUUAUCUUGAUAUAUAAAAUUUAGCAUUCAUUAUUUAAGAUUUUGUAAGUUCAUUUUUAAAAUACGUAAUUAUGAUAUUCACUAUCAAUCUUCAUAAAAUUUUAAAAUCUUGAUUUAAGAUGCACAACAUUUGAAAAUCAAGAACGAUGAUCGUUCAAGUGAUUAAGUUAUUCCAUUUCCAUAUGAACAAUCAUAAACUUGCAACAAGCAACAUCACUUUCAAAAGUUAUUUAAAAUAUGAUAGAGCUUUAUGUGUGUUUCUAAAUUAGUUUACCAUGCAAUGAUACAACUUUUUUAACUUCACAAAUAAACGUGAAUAACUUAUUCUGUGUAUACAUCACGAGACAUUCCCUAUUUUAAUUAUAUUAAUAUUCACACAUAAAACUCAGAGAUGAGAAAGAAAGCAAUUCUUUCUAUAGAUAUUUGGGGUAAGUAAUUUGCUAUAUUUUUUUUGCUUCCGAACAGAUCUCAACAAGCACAUGGGCAUGUAUGGCUUAUAUAGAAAAGCCAUGCCAGACUUGCCAGUUAAGCUUACAGGAUUACAAGCGUGAUUUAAUGAACCCCUCAAGAAAGUCAAAUUAGUCAUAUAUAGUUUGUGCAAACGCUUAAUCUAUAAGCCAAUUCCACAAACCUCAAUUCAUAUUUAACCCAUCGACUCAUCGAUGAUUUUGCUCACAAUCAGAAACUAUCUCCUAUCUCUCUCUCUCUCUCUAACACACAAACCAAAGAUCACUAAAAUAUAAAGACCCACAACAUGGGAUCACGUGCGGGACAUGUUUUACCAGGUUUUGCCUUCUUAGCACUUGGUUUGUGGCACUUAUUCAACAACAUAAAACUCUUUUGUCUACGUCCAAACACCUUCAUUUCAUCUCCAUGGUUCCCAGUAUCAAAGAUCAGGCACUUAGAGCUUUACUUUAUGAUGUUCUCUGCAUCUGCUUCCAUAUCAAUGGAGCUCUUUAUUGGACCUAGAAGACACCAUCCCUUUGACUCAGAUGGGACCAUCCCAUCGAACCAUCUCCAAAACGUUGAACAUUCUUCUAUCUCCAUGGCCUUCUUGGUUUAUGCUGUUUCCGCAGUAGUGUUUGAUCGAGCACGGCCUAGAGCAGCGGCUUCCGAGGGACUAACCAUCCUAGCUGCAGCCGCUGCCUUCACUCAGCAGCUACUUCUUUUCCAUUUCAUCCUCCAGCUCAGUAUCUUCGUCUCUCUAAUGACCACUCUCAUGGGUAUUGCCUUGCCCAAGAGCUUUUUGGUGAGCCUUGUGAGAUCUUCAAGUAUAGCUUUUCAAGGAGUGUGGUUAAUAUUUUUGGGUUGCAUGCUUUACACACCAAGUUUGAUUCCUAAGGGAUGUUUUAUUCACGAUGAAAAUAGCCACCAAGGGGUUAAGUGUUCAACCGAAGAAGCUCUUCACAGAGCUAAAUCGUUGGUCUGCAUUGAAUUCAGUUGGUUAUUCGUUAUAAACACAAUAUUUGUUGUGACACUAUAUAUGAUUCUAGAUCGGGUUUAUGGUGAAAACGUAGAGUACUCUAGUCUAACCAGCAAUUAUCAAAGAGAACAAUAUGAUGAAGAGCAACAACACUUUGAAUCGGAAUCGACUCAGAAAAUGAGUUUUGUCCAAAUGGGUAAAUUUGAUGACCAUGGAGAUAAAAUGUGAGAAGCUUCCUUAGUGAUGAUUAUUGUUAUCGGUUAUGUAAUGUGAUCCAAAAUGUUUACUCUUCUUCAAAUAAUAAAAGUAUAUAAUGUGUAUUUUACAAGGUUGAUGAUAAUCCCAAUUUGUAUUUUACAAACUCCACUCAAAUUAGUUAUUAAUUUUUAAUGUUUGUUGCAAUAAAAGCAAGUUCUCUAAACUAAUUCCCCUCACAUAGUCACAUCACACCCCCACCUAAACUUUUUGCUUCUUGACAACACAAUAACUAAACUCAUCGGCAGACAAAACAAACUUUAAAAUUCUAUAAAAAAUUUCAACUGAAAAUGAAUUCAAUGAAACCAAAACUAGACAGAAAAAUAAAAUUUAGUAUUUUUUUCUUGGGAAAAUUAUUUUUUUAGAGAAAAAAACAAUAAUUAUGUCCCUUUAGACUAAUCUCUAUUAUUUUAUGUCCCAUCAGACUAUUUUUUUUUUAAAAUGGUAGUAAUACCCUUAAAAUUAUAAUUUUUUAAAUAAAAUGAAUAAUGAGUUCGAUCAUGCGGGAUCGAUCGAUCUGAAUUUCCAAGGUCAAACGGAUCGAUCGAUCCUGAUCAUUAUGCAGAACAAAAAACGCGGAGUAUAUACUGAUCGACCUGGUCAAUUUCACUCGAUCGGCGAAGUUCGAUUUAAAUUUCAGAGAGGACUUUAAUUCCAAUGCAAGUAACCUUCCCCUUUUCUUUUUAUCAACAUUAAAACUCUAACUUGAAGCUACAACCAAUUCCCAAACACCACAUGAAGUAUAUAUAUGAAUCAUGGUAGAAAUAAUGUGAAAAUUUUGUGAAAAUUUUGUGAACAAUCAAUAGAAUAUAGAAGACGGCGAAGAAGGUCACCAAGUUUUUUUUCGUUAUUUUAGUUCAUUUUUCGUUUUUUUUUAAAUCGAUUUUUUUUCAAAAUAUAAAAGUGAAUAUUCUCAAAUAUUUUGUUUUCAUAUUUUUAGGAACUGAUUUCUUAUCCGUAGAAUAUAGCUAAUCUUUAGAAAUCGGGUUCUACAGGUUUUUAGAGUUAUAGUAAUAUGUAGAU